AUGCCGCAUUCUAGGAAGCCAAUUCACGACCAAAUGGGUCUCCACUCUCUUGCACAUCAAUUCCAGGACUCGUUCAAUCUUGAACAGAACAAGCCCGACUUCAAAGAACUCAAUCUGGGUUCACUAUUACUGACUACCAAUGGUUCCGGUGGCGUCACCACCAGCAUCAGUUCAGCCACUUAUCACACCCCUUUAGCGAAAAGAUCCGAUGGAAAUGCCACUUCCACCACUCACUCCACCGAACUUGAAGCAUUUCCUCCGACACCCACCUCUGAAAACCAUAGAUCUAUCACCAGCACUCGUAAUUCAAAGCCGGGUCAUCGAAGAUCAAACUCCACCGGAGCACCCCUAGUAUACUCAGGCUAUAGCAACCAUAAUACUAGUAGUGCUAGUACUAGUACUAGUAGUAGCACCACCAAUGGCAGUGGUGGUGGUGGUACUAGCUGUGGAAGUGGUGGCGCAAGUUCAAUAUCAUCACCAAACACAACAAUUAUGUAUCCCACUGGAAAUAUUUGCCCCUCAGGAAAAAUUCUCAAAUCCAAUAUGGGUCAUCGCAGCUCUAACAGAACUGAUAAAUUGGGCUCUGGAAUUGCAAAUUAUGGCCAUGGAAGCAUUAUUAAAGGAGUUGGAAAUAAUGGUGGAAAAUUUGAGACUAAUGUGGUUGGAAAUGUACAAUUGGGUGGGGCAUUGGCGGUGGUGAAGAGAGUUAUGCUGAGUUCUGAUCCAGAGGAGGUGAAAAUGGCCGGUAAUGAAUUAUAUAGAAAAAGGCAUUUUGUGGAGGCCUCAUCUUUGUAUGAUCGAGCAAUUGCAUUGUCACCAGAGAAUGCGGCCUAUAGGAGUAAUAUGGCUGCGUCGCUGACGAUGUUAGGUCGGUUGGGAGAGGCGGUAAGGGAGUGUGAAGAGGCAGUGAGAUUGGACCCUGGCUAUGGGAGGGCUCAUCAGAGGUUGGCCUCUCUUUAUCUCAGGUUAGGACAGGUUGAAAAUGCUCGACACCACCUUUAUUUAGAUGGGCAACAGGCCGACUCAGCUGAGUUGCAGAUAUUAUUUUCCUUGGAGAAGCAUUUAAGCCGAUGCAAGGAUGCUCGAAAAAUAGGUGACUGGAGGAAAGCACUGAUGGAAUGUGAUGCAGCGAUGGUGACUGGGGCAGAUUCAUCUCCUCAUAUUGUUGCUUGUAAAGCAGAAGCCUGUUUGAAGCUCCAACAACUGGAAGAUGCUGACUCUAUCAUGUCAGACAUUCCCAAGAUAGAUCCUUAUCCUACUUCCUGUUCCCAAAUGAAGUUCUUUGGCAUGCUCUCUGAAGCUUAUGUGCUCUUUGUCCGGGCUCAGGUUGACAUGGCAUUCGGAAGGUUUGAGAAUGCAGUUUCUGCAAUAGAGAAAGCUGGGCUAAUUGACUAUAGCAACAUUGAAGCGGCGAUGUUGCUCAAUAAUGUGAAGUUGGUAACAAGAGCUCGUGACCAUGGGAGAAAUCUUUUCAAUUCUGGAAGAUUUUCUGAGGCAUGUUUGGCUUAUGGGGAAGGCCUCAAAUACGACUUGUGCAAUUCUGUCCUCUAUUGCAAUAGGGCAGUUUGUUGGUCUAAGCUUGCUUUGUGGGAGCAAUCCGUUGAGGACUGCAAUCAAGCCCUCAAGAUCCAACCAAAUUACACCAAGGCUCUUCUCCGGAGGGCUGUCUCAAAUGCAAAGCUUGAACGAUGGGCAGAAGCUGUGAGAGAUUAUGAAAUCUUGAGGAGGGAACUUCCUGGGGACAAAGAGGUUUCUAAAUCUCUAUCCCAUGCACGUGCUGCACUAAAUAAAUCACACGAGGAUGUUAAUAAUGUGAAAUCUGGAGAAGUGGAGGAAAUUUCUAGUCUUGAUCAGUUAAAAGCAGCAAUAUCUUCUGCAACUGUUUCAGUUGUUCAUUUCAAGGUGGCAUUCAACCAACAAUGUGAACUCAUAUCUCCAUUUGUAGAUUCACUCUGUGUUCAAUAUCCAUCUAUCAACUUCCUCAAGGUGGAUGUUGACGCGAGUCCAGAAGUUGCAAAAGCUGAAAGCAUAAAAAUUGUUCCAACAUUCAACAUAUACAAGAAUGGGGACAAGGUGAAGGAGAUCAUCUGCCCUACCCAUCAGGGCUUAGAAUCGCUUGUGAGGCAGUACAGUUUGUAGGACAGCCACUUCAUCCUUUUCUCAUGCCAUUUGAUCCUCUCCCCCUGCUUAAGGCAAGAUGAGGAACUCAACGAGCUCUCAUGCCAUCCAAUCUUUCCUCAUUUUAUGCAACUUUAGUUGCAGCAUAAUCAGCAAUUGAUAGUUUGAUUAGUUUUAUUCUUUCCAUUUUUUAUCUACUCAAGUUAUUUCUUUGAUUUUCCCAUUUAUGUAGGUUCCCCAUCUCAUGCAUGUGAGUCUCAGUUGUGC